AUGGGAGCGGCAGAACGAUGCAAAAAAUUGUGGGAAUGGUUCCGAAAUAACUCAAAGGGAAAGACAACACCUGGUGGCAGCUCAACUGGUAGAGCCCUGUCUGUACUACUUGGCCAGCGCGCACGAGGUACUCGAGACCUCAAAGAGAUUGAAGUGUAUUCCAAACUGCACUAUGAGUCAAAAGUCAAACCGUUGGUUGAAGACACUCUUAAAAAUAAUAUUGUGCAACCUACCCAAAGGCUUAGUACGGUUCAGCUACACACCACUGAAUGCUUUGCAGAAGAGUCAGAAGAAGUUAAGAAGGAAAUUCGGGAGGAGACUGUAUGUCUCAAUGCUUCCAGAAGAUUGGGCGAUGUUGAGGGUCAGCAUCCAAGAACAAAGGAAGAAGUUUAUCGGACAAUUCAAGAGCUGCCUUUGAUUCUAGGUCAAGUUUUCGAGGAACUCUCAGCGUUGACAGGUGGAUGGCACUACACCGUUGUCAUGGGCGGAGCUGAUCCAUUGUGUGAAGGUGACAUCAUGACAUUGAGUUACCACCAUGGUAAAACCGCAGAUGGUCUGAGCUUCAAGGCAUCUACCCCAAACUUCCAUGAACAGUAUCUAUUACCAUUUGAACGACACCUUGGAUACAUCCAUGGUCCAUCUUCGAAGUGUAUAUCAGCACCCUCAUCUACCCCAACCUCGUCUCAUCUUGCGCCCGUUGGCCUCAUCUCACUGGAUGAAUUUCCGAACGAGUCCUCACUUGGAGAGAAUGUGAUAUCCGGGCCUGUGGUUGGUCCUUCUCUGUUGCAAGAACUGGGGGACUUAGUGUUGAAUCCUUACAUCAACCUGGACUUCGACACGCCAAUCACUGCUUGGAGAAAGUCAAUGGCGCUCAAUGAAGACCCGCUCGCUUCCCCCACCUUUAAUCGCAUUCAACAACGAGGUUCGAGCGCAGUGGAUCCAUCAGCCAAAGCAGUCCCUCCUUUCCUACCUCAUCCAUUGUCACCGCUUCAUACCACCCUCUUGCCCCAGCCUUCUUCGUUCUUUGUGUUUCCUGCACUCGAGGAGGUCGACGCGCUGCCCAUGCUCCAACACCAUGAUCCAUUAGCAUUUAACCAGCCCAUGUUGAAUUCAGGGCCAUGCUCACCUCCAGACCAACCAAUUCCGUUACCUUUGUCCCUGCUUGUAUCCACAGCCUCCAAGUCACCGCAUUCCACGUCUGUUGAACAUCAACCUUCACCGGCGUCUCACCAGCCAACUCAUCAACCUAAUUUGGAGGCGAUGACAGUGUCCAUUGACUGUCAAUCUUCGCCAGCUUCUCACCGGCCGACGCCUCAUGACAUUAUGCUCGGGACGCGCACCACGUCCUUCUACGCGAGCUGA